AUGACCUUCUCAGGCAAGGUCCCUCCACUGCAAGACUGUCUGGAGAGGUCAAUGACUGGGUUUCAUUUUAUGUUAACAUGCAUAGGCAUUGGUCAUCAAGUUCAAUAUGACUCAUUGAAUAUCAUCCAACCUGAUCAUGCAGUAGGGGGCAGAAGUACUGGUGUUAAUCAUGAAGACAUUUCGGAUGACGAGGACCCUGAAGCCCAUGCCAAUGUUGACUUUGGAGAUGAAAGCUGGCAAUGUGAUAGAGACCUAGAUGAUGAUGUCAGCCAGGAUGAUGCAGAUGAAGAUGAGAAUAUUUCCAAAGAUUGUGACAGUGAUGUAGAUGACUUAGAUGACUUUGGCAGUGACUUUGAGGAUGAGGGGUCUGCAUUCAAAUUUUGA